AUGUCUGAUUCUUCAGAGUAUUCCAUGAUGCUGACAAAAUCAGGGUCGAAGCAGUCUCAAAGUCAUAGAUCCAGUUCCAUAUUCAGUAGAAUUUACAGCCUUUUUAGGAAUGGAUCACUGAAUGUGCCGGAUUACAAAGGAAAACGUACCAAAGCAAAGACUUAUGAUUCUCCAAAGAAAAAGUUGAACAAUUCUAAUGGAAUAAGUGCUGAUAGAGUGACCAAGCCAUCGAAAUUGAAGAAAAGGAAAAUUAAAACUAAACCAUUAAACAAUAACAAAGACAUAGAUGUAAACGUUAACCAAGAACAAUUUAAUGUUCCAAUAAAGCCGCCACUUCUUGAGUCGUUAAAACCGAGCAAUACAGAUACUCAGGAUUCAAGUCGUAAUACCGCUUCGCAUAAGGUUACAUAUGAAGGUAGAAGAGACAUUAGGCCACGGGUGAUUCAAUUGGGUCCGAGAAAAGCUAUACGUAUAAAUCCAAAUUCAUCAACUUCAACCAUCUCAUUAUCACCACCAGCUGUUUCUAUACCACCAACUGUAUCUACACCAUCAGCUGUAUCUACACCACCAGCUGUAUCUAUACCACCAGCUGUAUCUACACCACCAGCUGUAUCUACACCACCAGCUGUAUCUACACCACCAGCUGUAUCUACACCACCAGCGGUUGCAACAGUAUCACCACCACUAGAAAUAGCUGUAUCACCAACGACUGUUUCAAUGUCACCACCAGCUGUAUCAGUAUCAUCUCCAGCUAUAACAUUUUCACCUCCUACAGUACCAGUGCUACCUUCAACAAUACCAAUAUCACCACCUGUAAUUGAGUCACGUCUGCUGUUUUAUGAAACUAACCAUAUACUUAGUCCGGCCCAGCAUAUUCCCACGUCUAAUACUUCAACUCCUUUUAGAAGUCGUUCACGAAUGAUACGGAUAAACACGAUAGAAGAUUUGGAUGAACCACAAGAGAAUUUUAAUGAGGUAUUGGAACAUCCAACAACGAAAGAGAAUAGAAAGAAAAAGAAGAAAUCUAAAGAUGGUCAAAAGAGAAAGAAGAGGAGAGAAAUGCUACGGGACGAGGAUAACAAGAUCCUUAGACUAGCUGAAUCGAAUGGUAAAAUAAUUCCAGCAGAGGCUGAAGGCAAUGGUUUAAACAGCGCACCCGAAGCACUAAGGUCUUCUAAUACCAAUAAUAUACAUAAUCCUUUUCAUAUAGCUACAGAAAGUGGAGAAAAUACUGCGCCAGACAGAGUACACCCUCAAGAGUAUAUUGCAAAUAUAUCAGGGAAUCUCCCCAGAUACAAUGACGAUCCAUAUAAUGUUAGCUCAAAUUCUAGAGAAUUCGUAACAAAUGACAAAAUCUCUAAUAGCAUAAACAUAGCAGAAAAUGAAUUUCAUAAUAGUCAGUUUGAAAACCUUGAGACUAAUUUGGAAAGUCCAAAUGCUGUACAAAAAGAAGUUGGCGAAGUUAGUAAGCUCUUUAUGAGUAGCGAUAUUGAUAGUGAAGAAGAUAGAGUAAUCUUAGAAUAUAGGAGUAAGAGUCGUCAAUAUUCCGAAUUAAAAUGGCCAGGCCAUGAUUCUAUUGGGGAUAUUGUCCUUCCAAGCGAGCCAAAAACACCAGCUAAAAACCAAAAGCAAUCUAAGGUUAUGAAUGGCUCUAAAGAUGCUAACUCUUCAAAUAAGCCGAGACUAUUAUCAGAUAUAAUGGCCGAAAGGUAUAAAAUGGAUGGUAUUUCGUUUCUGGGUAGGUUCAAGACACCUCACAUUCCACUUAAAGCUAACAAUAAAUCGAAUGACGACUUGAACUCGAUUACAGAAGAUAAACAGGAGAGCCCAGUGUACAAAAAAUUUGGUAUUGACGUACGAAAAGAAAGAUUUCGUGAGGAAGAAAGAUUGGAUGAGUAUAAUAAUGUAAAUUAG